AUGGAAGAAUUAAUUCGAUCAGUUAUACGAUUUGAUGGUGCUCUAAAUCAAGAUGUUAUUCAAUGGCUAGAAUAUAUUGAAGAAGUAUUUGAUCGAGUACAAUUACAAACACCAAAUAAAUAUAUUGCUAUACAAUACUUUUUAACUAAUAGUGCUGCUACGUGGUUUAAAUAUAAGAAAUCAAAUAUUUCUGAUUGGUUUACAUUUAAACGUGAACUUAUUGAAGCUUUUCAAUCGUCGUCCUCCUUUUCCUCGUCACAUCUUCUUGAUCAACAUCAAUUAAUAAUUAAAGAAGAACCACAAAAACUUGAACAAGAACAAGAUAUAUUACCUGUUCCUGCAUCGACUUCAACAAUAUCCAACAAGAAAAAUGAUAGUGAAAAUUAUCAAUUAGAUUUACUUCAUGAUGGUUCGAUUAAAUCAUUAGAAAAUUUAGAAGUUGAUAAUUUAGAAGAUAAAUGUUUACGUGAAAAUGAACAAGGUUAUUACUCAUCUAUGUUAGUUAAUACUAAUGAUUUUGAUCUGGAUAUUCAACAUCAAGAUGCAGAUGCAGCAGAUAGUUGCGAUACACAACAACAAGGUGAAUCUGUUAUUAAUUCUGAUUCUGUUCAAACUGAUAUUGAAGAUACUUUUGAAGAUUUUACUCGACCUAUGGAUAUUUUAACAGGUAAUGAUUCAUUAAUUAAUAUUGUUUUACCACAUGAUGUUCAAUAUUUAUGGUCUGAUAAAUAUAAACCACGUCCACCUCGAAUUCUUAAUAAAGCUCCUGCUGUUUAUAAUUGGAACCGAUAUAAUAAGCUACAUUGCAACAAAGAUGACUCACCACCACCAACUAUUCAAGAGAAUCAAUUUAAUACUGUUAGUAAAGAAUGGAAUUACACAUAUAAUCAUGGACUUCGAUUUAACUUUUAUAAUGAAAUGAUUCAAUUAAGAUUUUCUUUCCCAACAAUAAAUAUAACUGGAUUAAAGUCAUGGGAUACAUCACUGGGCGUUCAAAAAUUAUUGUAUGAUUAUGAAAAUUUAAGAGCACGUAUUGAUAUUAAAGCGUGGCGAGCGCAACAAAAGCAAGUUUACAUGAUUAAAUACAAGCCUGAAGGUGCUGAACCAGAUUCCCCAGCUUCGCAGGGCUAUACCUUGUUCAAUUUCAAUCCUGAUUAUCCAGAAUUGACUAAAAAUGAUUGUUGGUACAGAACAGAUCCAAUGGGUGAUACAGGUCCAUUUCCAUGGAUCUGGUUUCAUGAUUCAAAAUAUGUCGUUGAUGAACAAGAUCAUACUAAUAUUCAACCAUGGUUUCCAUUAACAUUAAAUCUUAUCAAAAAGGAUGAAGAAUGGAUACCAGAAAUUCAACUAAAUGCAACAAGAUAUAAUUCACCGGAAAUAUGUGAUUUAAAACGAUCUGGUAUUGGUAAAGUUCCAUGUUUAAGCUAUUUUGAAACAAAAGAUAGACCAGUUAAAACUAUUCAUGCACGUGCUGCCGUAGGUGGUUAUGAUAGUGAUGAGUAAGUAUAAAUUGCUAGUUUUUACACAUAAAUCAUAUGUUUGUAUAUAGAUAUACAAGAGUUAGAUUUCUCGUUGCCACGCUCCUUUUCUUUAUUUUUCUUUU